AUGAUCGCCUACCAACGAUUUGCCGACGGUGAGACCCCGGAGUCCACGGGUGAGAAGGGCGAUCACUUCGUCGGUCGGUAUUACGUCGAAUUCGACAAAGCCCUCUACGCCGAACGACAGGCUUGGUUGGCGGAGCAAGGCAUCGACACCUCGAGCCUCAAGGAUCGGGAGAAGAAGAAGGUCGAGGAAGACUUUCUCGCCGCCUCUCCUCUGAUGGCCGAUACCCGCGAGCUGCUUCAAAAGUGGGAGGCCGACGAUCCCGAGGUGCGGGAGCUGUGGCAAAUGAUGAAUCAAUGGGUCUACCAAGGAUUCGACGCCACCUACGAGCGCCUCGGCAUCCAUUUCGACAAGCAUUAUUACGAGAGCGACAUUUACCGGGGUGGCCGCGAGGUGAUCCUCGACGCCUUGGAGCGCGGUGUCUUCGACAAGGCCGACAACGGCGCUGUGGUGGCCCCGCUGUCGAAACACGGCAAGCUCAACGACAAGGUGGUCUUGCGCGCCGACGGCACGGGUCUUUACAUCACCCAAGACAUCAACCUGGCGGACAUCAAAUUCAAAGAAUUCGGGCUCACCAAGUCCUACUACUGUGUGGGCUCGGAGCAGAAUUACUACUUUCAGCAGCUCAAGGCGAUCCUCAAGCUGCUCGGCUUCGAUUGGGCCGACGGCAUGGAGCACCUGAGCUACGGCAUGGUUUACCUGCCCGACGGCAAGAUGAAAUCCCGGGAAGGCAAGGUGGUCGAUGCCGACGAUCUGAUGGCCGAGGUGGUCAAGCUGGCCAGUGAUGCGAUCCUCGAGCGCUCGUCGGAUCUACCCGCUGAGGACCUGGCACAGCGGGCAGAAGCCAUCGGGCUGUCGGCAUUAGUCUUCGAGAUGCUGAUGGUCGGACGCGAGACCGACAUCCAAUUCGAUCCCGAAAAGUCCGUGGCGUUCGAAG